CAACAUCCAACUGAAGGAAAAAAACAUUUCCGAGUGGAGGGGGAUGUUGAAUUGAAUUGGGGUUUUUUUUAAUUUGCAAUUGCUCCAUGCAUGACACAUUUAAUGUGUCUGAGAAAAUUGUGGUGAAUAGGUUUUAAAAUAGAUUAUCUUGUGACACACUAAUUACCACCUGAAACCAUUUCUUCCUCAUCUGGUGAUACAUUCAUGGUAUCAAUUACCCAACUAAUGCUGAUGUGGUGUCACUGGUGAGACUGGUGUGGUGUCAUAGGGUGUGGAAACCAUUAAACUGAAGGUUCAUGACAUUCAGACAGUGAUUAAACACAUUUUAUGGAAUCACUUCAUUUAUAAUCCAGAUUUAUUUUUAUCUCCUCCUUUCUACUUCCAGUUAAAUUGACCAUGUAAAACAGCUGCAUGUCCAGCAUACCAAAGUUAUUGAAAAGCUUCCUAGAAAUCGAAGAUGUGGGUUAACCGUGUAAUAAUUCUGACUCAUCUAUUUGCCCUGCAAACAUAAUUUCUUCACACCAAAUGGGUUCGGCCAAUCAUCACCCUCUCCCCCUCCCUGCCUGUUUCUUCAGCAAGACAUAAUAGAGCAAACCCCGAGGAGGCUCCCACACUGCUCUCUGCAAGCACGCUCAUGCUGUUUGGCUUUUAAUGUGUGCACUGAGGCGAGACAACAUGAUAAACUUUGGUGUUUUAAUAUGCACUCUGGCAGCCCUGUCAACAACUGAAGCAGGACCAUUGAGGGAAAACAGAAGGCAUAGAAUUUUUUCUUCCUCCUUCUCCUUGUCUUCCUCGUCUUCGUCCUCGCACUCCUCCUCCUUUGAAAUUUCAGAUGGGAGCUGUUUUAAUGGAGGCACCCCAUUCCCAUCCGUGAUCACUGGUGAAAACUUGUUUUGUCUGUGUGCUGAUGGUUUUGAGGGGACACAAUGUGAAAAAGAAAAGAGCUGCUAUGAGGGUGUUGGACUGUUCUACAGAGGCACAGUGUCCCAGUCAGAGAGUGGACGGAGAUGUGUGGACUGGGAUUUGGAGACCAGGAAGGAAUACUUGUCUACAGAUGUCAAAUCUGGGAGGCACAACUACUGCAGAAAUCUACACUAUAAACGGCGCCCAUGGUGUUACAUUCAGAAAGACGGGCAGCUUGUCCAGGAGUAUUGUGAUAUUCCACGUUGUGGCUUUGAGCCAUUUCCUGCCCCACCUUCAUCUGCACCCAGUGAGCCAGAAACAGCUGCAGAGUCCACAUGUGGCCAGCGCACCAGAAGACAACAGAUGAAGAUCGUGGGUGGAACAGUUACCACUGUGGAAUCCCACCCGUGGGUUGCUGCCAUAUUUUGGCGCAGCAAAUCCAAGGAGAAGACUUUCCGUUGCGGGGGCAGUCUGAUCUCCUCCUGCUGGGUCCUGACAGCUGCCCACUGCUUCCCCGAUGGCUCCCAAACCAAAGAGCGUCGCUUCUCUGUCACUCUGGGCAAAAAUGCUCUGAAUGAGACUGACCCCAUGGAGCAAACAUUCAGGGUUGAAGAAAUCAUAAUCCAUGAAGGGUUUGACAACAGUGAGGGGAACUUCAACAAUGACAUCGCCUUAAUGAAGCUGAAGUCAGAUGUGCAUGGUAGAUGUGCAGAGGAGAGCAACUCUGUGAAGACUGUCUGCCUCCCGCCUCCUCAGCAGAGCCUCAAGCCUGGUGUCACCUGUGAGAUCGCUGGAUAUGGGAAAGAGAGAUAUGGUUUGUGGUAUAAGUCCCAGUACCUCCGAGAGGCUCAGGUGAACGCCCUUGCCAAUGAUGUGUGUCGACAAGAGAACUAUUAUAAAAACCUGAUAACUGAUAACAUGUUUUGUGCCGGUCGUCCCGACUGGAGCCAAGACGCCUGCGAGGGAGACUCAGGAGGGCCUUUGGUGUGCGAGGCUGACAGCAGGCUCUUCCUCUUUGGAGUAAUAAGCUGGGGCGACGGCUGCGCAAAAGAGUUUCGGCCCGGUGUUUACACGAGAGUGACCAAUUACAAUGAAUGGAUAGAAGAGAAAACUGGACUGUCAUCCAUUACUGCUGGGAACAUGUUCCCUCAGAAGUGACCAUCAAGCAGAUCCAUGAGGAUGUGAGCUGUUAGUGCUGCUGUUUUGUCAUUUCCUCUGUGACUUUAAAGGAUAAGUCUUUUCUUAUUGUCAACAGAUCUCAUGUUCAGAGCCAAACCAACAAUGAAUGAUCAACGA